AUGAAUUAUAAUUUAACACUAGAUAAAUAAGUUUAAUUAGAAUCUGUGGGGGAUUUGCAACUAGGAACUUAUUUAUUAUUAGAUGAAUACCCUUGUAAAAUCCUCAAACUUCAAUUAGGAAGUCGUCAUAGUAAUUGUGCUUUAAUAGAAGCAUAAAAUGUAAUUCAAAAUAAAUUGUUAUAAUAUAACGUCGGCUUCAUGGAACAUUGGAAAUACCUUUAAUUUAAUUGGAGGAUUAUAAUUUAAUAGGAAUAUAAAAUGAUGAUUUUUUAACCUUACUAAAGUCAGAUGGUACAAUUCGAGAAGAUAUGAG